AGUAUCACGUGGCAUUCUGUAGCCAAAUAGCAUUUGUAGGCAGAUCAGAGCGUUCCGAACCAAAAAAGAUAUUCCAUAUACCUUUGUUUGAACUGCUGGUUCCUGUGGAUGCAGAGAAGCUUUCUGUAAACUCCAAUGUAAGAAAGGCGCGUUUAACCACCAAAAAAAAUAUAAAAAUGCACGAGUGAAAACCAAUACAGUAUAAAAGCGAGCUGAGCGCUGUACGGUACAAUGCAGGUAGGCUGCUUAUCAUUCAGACAGCCUUAUGCAGGGUUACUUCUGAAUGGUAUAAAAACAAUCGAGACACGCUGGAGACCCCUGCUGUCUGAACAUAGGAACUGCACUCUGGCGAUUCACAUCGCACAGCAGGACUGGGAAGACGCGGUGUGGAGAGAAAUGCUCACAGACAGACUUGCGAUGACAACCGAACAAGUCCAGCAACUGGUGGAUCAAGGAGAGAGGUUCGGCAGAGGUGUUAUUGCAGGCCUGGUUGACAUUGGUGAGACCUGGCAGUGUCCUGAAGAGCUGUCCGCUGAAGAGAUGAGGGACCUGGAAACCAAAGCCCUGCUGAACGGCCUGGAGGAGAAGUACCUGACUCUGGUCUCCAAUCCCAGGUGGCUGAGGGAGCCGCUGUACUCCAGGGGGCGCAAGGACGUGUGGACAAUCGAGAUCCCAGAGCGCCUGAUCCCAUCGCCCUGCUCAGUGUGACUCCUGCCUUAAGACAAGCGCUGUCUCCUGGAAUGGGCACUGAUGGAGCGCCUUUCAUCCAUCCAGGGAGUGCCUUAGAAACUCGCGACAGCGCUCAGCAGCCCCCAUCGUUUUCAAGAACGUCUGUUUAAACUGUCAUGUGCAUUGUAAAUGAAAAGAAUACUGUUGAUUUUAAAUAGUGCUUACCCAUGCGUAUUAAACAGAAGAUCGCCUGCCAUCUGAAGCCACAGUGCCGAUGCUUUUUUUUUUUUUUUUUUUUUUUUUUUUUUAAUUAGUCGUCGCCAAUUAUUUUUACCCCGGUUUUCACCCCAAUUUAGCAUGCCCAAUUAUUAUCUGUAUCCCCGGCUCACCGCUCGCAACCCCCCAGCCGACUCAGGAAACGGAGGCUGAAACACGCGUCCUCCGAAACGUGCUCCUUCCAAGCCGUCAUUUUUCGCACUGCAGAUCCACAGCAAUGCCACCAGACCUAUAGUGCCGGAGGACAACAAAGAUCUGGCGGCUCCGCUGCAGAGCCACAGGCGCCCUAUCGGCCACAGGGGUCGCUGAUGCGCGGUGAGCCGUGGAUUCCCCUGCCGACCUAAGCCCUCCCUACCCAGGCAGCGCUCAGCCAAUUGUGCGCCGCCCCCUAGGAACUCUCGGUCACGGUCAGCUGUGACAUAGCCUGGAUUCGAACCAGCGAUCUCCAGGCUAUAGGGCACAUCCUGCGAGGAGCGCCUUUACUGGAUGCGCCACUCGGGAGCCCCCCAAUGAUGUUGUCUUGAGGGUGGCUGCGGAUUCCAGAAUGCAGGACUCCAGUCUCUGUCAUGUGCAAAGUACAGUGGUGUUCAAUGUAUUCAGGAUACUAGAAAUGGUGACACUUAUAUAAGCAGCCCUGUGAGGGGUUCUUGUGUAAAUGUGCAAUACUGACUCCACCACUAACCAAGAGUAGUCUGUGAUUUUGACUGUUUUUACCUGUAUAUGGAUCGGAGAUGCAUCAUAGUUUAAAAUGAAUGGCAUAUUAAUUUUAUAAGUGGUAUGAUGAAACUGUAUAAUGUUCUUGGGGCGGGGGAGUCAUUAUUAUUAUUAUUUUAUAUUUUUCCCAAAAACUUGUAAUAAGCUCCAGAAACUAAAAUCAAUGGAUUUCAAAAAGAUCUGCUUUGAAAAUGUUUUGCGGACUUGCAGCUAAUAAAUGAAUGAUCUGCUGUGCUUGUUUAAAGAACCACACUAAAUUAAAUAAUAACAGAUACAUCUUAAAAAGCAACAGCUUCAUACAAGGUAUUUAACUUGUCACGUGUAUUGUCUGUCUGGUCUCUUAGUUGCUCGAAGUAGCCUUUACAAACCAACAAGAAAUUGCCAUCUCUAAAUGGCUAACAGGCAUGACCAAAAUAUGUCAGAGUCUUUGUGAUCUCCUGUCAAGCUAUUUCACAGUAAGACAUUCAGAUAAUGAAUGAAUUGCUCACUUUAUCUAGCCUUGGAUGGUUAAAGAUGUUUUCAUAUUUCUGUACAGGUAAAUUACAAACUGCUUGUAUAGAUGAUGUAAACGUUGUGCACGUUUAUUCAAAAAAAUACUAAUAAAAAGCAAUACAAAAAAGA